AUGAAAAGAAUAUUUUUUGGCCGAAAGAAGCUAAAAAAAUCCCAAUCGGUACAAAAUGAUAGGAUAAAUGUGAGUGAUGGUCGCAUCGUGAAUGGUGGAACAAACGUGCCAUCAAGUGGUGCAUCUGAUCAGCCCAUCACGAGAACAUCAAAGGAAUCAACAUUAGACGACUGCCACAGUUGCUUUAAUGCGACUACAUCGUCACUGAUGGAAGAACAUCAUUUUGAUGAAGAGCUGGAUAAACAUAUGAUGCAAACUAUAUCUGAUAUAAAAUAUAAUAAAAGGCCGAAAUAUGUAGCUGUAGGUGAAGUUAAUUUUCAACGAGAAAGUUUGGAUGCUCAUAAUUUGGUUAGGACGCGUUAUGGCUGCCAGUCGUUAUUAUGGUCACAGGAACUUUCCGAUCUCGCUCAUACAUGGGCAGUAAAAUUAUCUGCUACUGGGCGAGUUCUAUUUCCCGAAUUGCCUGGUAUUGGGGAGAAUAUUUUUUUGUCUAUGACUACUGGUCAGAGUCAUUUACCAUCAGGAACGGAAAUAACUGAAAUUUGGGCAAAUGAAGCUGAGAAAUUUAAUUUUGAUGCUCCAAAAUGGCACCCAAGUAAGGAUUGUCAACAUUUUACUCAAAUCGUUUGGAAGGAAACUUAUGAAAUGGGUAUAGCUAGACAUUGGAAUAUAAAUAAAAACUGUGUCGUAAUAGUUGCAUUUUAUCGACCAGGAGGCAAUUCAAAUGCGCCAGGUGAAUUUAGAAUAAAUGUCCCAUCAAAGGCGUGUUUUGAUGAUAAUCCUGUUUCCAUAGCCACUCCAUUAGCAUUUACUGCUUCAGCCAUCGGAAGAUCAGUCAAUACAUUUAAUUCAGGAUUGGGUUCUUCUGACAAAUCUUGA